AUAUAUAUGUAUAGUAGUGAUACCAAUUCCACUAGCUACUUCAUUCAUUCCUGAAGCAGAAGAAUAUAAUAUAUAUCAUCAUCAGUGUGAAUUAUUAAUUAAGGAGAUGGAGUUGUUAGCAAAGAUAUCAUUAUUAAUAGGUGUGGUUAUGGUUGCUUCGAUGAUUAUGAGUAAGGGUUGUGAAGGGCAAUUAGUGGAGAAUUUCUACAGUUCAAGUUGUCCAAACGUGGAAUCCAUAGUUAGAGAGGCAGUGACCAAUAAAUUUACUCAGACUCUCACAACUGGACAAGCAACCCUCCGUCUAUUUCUCCAUGACUGCUUUGUUCAGGGUUGCGAUGCAUCUGUGAUGAUAUCGUCGGCAAAUGGGGAUGCAGAGAAGGAUCACUCAGAAAAUCUUUCACUUCCAGGAGAUGGAUUCGACACUGUCAUCAAAGCAAAGCAAGCUGUUGAAGCUUCAUGCCCUGCUGUCGUCUCAUGCGCUGACAUUUUGGCCCUUGCUACCAGAGAUGUUAUUUCCUUCCUAGGGGGACCAUCAUUCAACGUAGAACUUGGACGCAAAGAUGGGCUUAUUUCGAAAUCAUCAAACGUUGAAGGAAACCUUCCAAAAUCAAGUUUCAAUUUAAAGCAGCUAAACACAAUGUUCUCAAAUCACAACUUGACCCAAACCGACAUGAUAGCACUCUCAGGAGCACACACCAUAGGCUUCUCACAUUGCAACGAGUUCUCUAACCGUUUAUAUUCAUUCUCUGCGUCCUCACCGCUGGACCCUACUCUCGACUCCAACUACGCCGAACAGUUAAAGACACAGUGCCCUCAAAACCCUGAUCCACAGGUUGUGGUUGCUCUUGAUCCCGAUUCCUCCUCCAGUUUCGACAACAAGUAUUACCGGAACUUGGUGGCCGGAAAAGGGUUGUUGAGAUCGGAUCAGGUUUUGUACACGGACCCUGCGUCGCGGUCCACGGUGGCUGAGUUUGCCAAUAAUGCUGAUGCUUUUAAUGAAGCGUUUGUUGCCGCCAUGAGGAAGCUUGGAAGGGUGGGGGUGAAGAUUGGUAAGGAAGGAGAGGUUAGAAGAGACUGCACUAAAUUCAAUUAAUGAUUUGUCACCAGUUAGUGAAAAAAGAAAUUUGUAAGUGGGAAUUCCCUUAUGAAAGAUUGAUUUUUCGAUCGUCAUGUGUUUUGG